UUCAAACUUAUUAUUCUCUACCGUUUACAAAAUCCCAACGGUCGUAUAAAUUUCCCUCUUUUAGGCGUGAGUCGUGAGAUUUUCCCCCACAUAAAUCUUUGUUUCCCCUCACAAAGUUUCCACCUUCUCCCCUCCAUUACGAAUUGACCAAGAAACAAACCGUCAAUGGCUUCUGUCACCCAGCAAUCCAAACAUCAUCAAUAUCUUGAAAAGGGUGAAGAUUUCUCCGAAAGCGGAGGGUCCGACCCGGGAUACGAUUCCGAUGAUUCGGUUGAGGACCCGAGUUACAGCACUCUUGAAGAAACCCAUGCCCACUUCUCAAACCUCUCCAUCAACAGUAAAUCCAAGGCCCGUAUGGUGGAGGUUCUUGAUCUUGAAUCAGACCUUGAUGGGGAGGAGGUGGUUGUGCCGGAGCUUAAUCAGAAUGAUGCUAAAAGCUAUGAACAUGUCCAAAAGAUGAUUCAAGACGAACAGAUUGGUAAACUGAAAGUGGAGCAAUGUAAGCUCUACUUGAGGAAAAAUGGGUUGAGACUGACUGGCAAUAAGGACACUCUCAUUCAGCGGAUUAAGGAGCAUCUAGAGAUUUUGAAUGGUGGAGGUGAGAAGAAGUACCCUGCAUCUAGCUUUGUUUUGAAUUGCAAAGGUGAUGCAUGCACCGGCGAUGUUGUCAUGUUUGAACAAAAUGUUUAUGAAAUGUUUGACAUAGCAUCCAGGAGUGGAAGAGGCCCUCCAUGUGGCACAAGGAUUGUCGCAGGCCGGAUUGUGAAAGAAAGCUAUGGUGCUGCCAAACAGCAGCACACAUUUACAAUUGAAGUAUUCUGGAGCAAGGGGGUGAAACCACUCCCUCCACUUCAUCCCCUCCUAAUCAAGGGUCGGAAUCUUUACCGGUUGAAAACCGGAAGACAGAGGUGGGAAGAUGAAGGGGAGAGGCAGAAAGCUUUGAUGGAAAAGCACUCAAGGGGAUCUCUUGCUAGGUCUGACAGAGAAGCACAGGUACAAGAGAAGGAAAUGAGAAAAACUCUGAAGACAAAUAGGAUUUCAAGAAAGGAGCAAAAAAACAAUCAGUCUCAGUUGAACUCAGCCUCUACUUUUAAAUCAUCAGUUCAACCUCAUCAAUCUUGUCCACUUGUUUAUCCCGCAAUGCUUCAUCAAUCAUUUGGUCCAGGAAAUACAAAAAUGGGACCUCAGCAGCUGCGAUUGUCUACUGACUCCACUAAAGCAGCAGCUCAAACUCACCAUUCACAGAAACCAGCAACUCAACCUCAAGAUGCACAGUCAGGCUUAUUGAUUGUCGAUUGUGGAAAAGUGACAACUCAACCUCAAAUGAAAAAUAAUACAGUUAUGCAAGAUAGGCACUUCAAUCAAGCUUCUCAGCACCUGAAGCUUAGCAAUUAUGACACAGUUAUGGAAUUGCAUAGUUAUAGUGAGUUUAUGGGGUUACCACCACCACCAAAGAAGACUUAUCAAAAACAGUCAUUGACAAGCGUGAAACACUCUCUUCCGACUAGUCCACGACGACAAAAGCAGAUAUGCCGUCAUUAUGCUCAGGGCAGAUGUUAUUAUGGAGACAACUGCAAAUUUUCCCAUGAAUUGAGAGAGUUACAGUGAAAGGAGGGAAGAGAGGUGGCCUUGUAACGAUGGAGAGAGCUCCCAAUUUUUUCAUGAAGUGAGGGAGAAUUACAAUGAAAGGAGGUUCUAUAACCCAACUUUGUAAUGCCCAAGUUAGGGGUCCAGAGACAAACAUGGUGAUUGAACAUUGGUUCAAUUUUGAUGUUGUUUUGUUACUUUGUGACUUGUGAACAACUUUUGAAUCAAGUCGAUGGUGAUCAUUCUUUUUCUCUGAUUUUUUCUUCUUGAAUUCUUCUUUCUUAACUAUUUUCUA